CUUUUAUAUUUCUAAGAUUUAGUAGUAUUAUCCCUAGUAGUAUAUUGCUGCCAUUUUGUCAAGAUGAACUGCUGCAAUAACGACGAAGCCCUUAGGGAGGAGCGGGCCGAGCUCCAGGAGCAACAGCAACAGCAGGAGGUCAGAACCAUCAACACUGUGGCUGACCGCUCGAGAGCGCACGAGGUCUCGUCUUCCAUCGAUAGGCAAUGGGUUGCAGUAACAACGUACCAGCCCGUUGACACGAUCGUCAAGACGGUUGAGAUUCCAGUGGUCAAGACAGUUGAGAGGAUUGUCCCAAAGCCGGUGAUCCAGGAGCGUGUCAUACAUGUACCCCGUGAGGUUACCCAGAUUGUUGAAAAGGUGGUCGAGGUUCCAGACGUCAAGUACGUUGAAAAAAUUGUGGAAGUCCCUCAAAUCCAAUAUCGUAACAAACUUGUUCCCAAGGUUGAGAUUGUAGAAAAGAUUGUGGAGAGACCACAAAUUAUUGAGCAGUGGGUCGAAAAGAAGGUUGAGGUACCACAGAUUAAGGAGGUUGUACGUUACAAGGAAAUUGAUGGAACUGAAGAGGUUAUCAAGUACUAUCCACAGGGACACGGAAACAUUGAUUGGGACAAGGAGUGUGAAAAGGCUCACAUUAAUGCACCAAAGUCUGUGGGUGUCAUUAACUCCACGCAUUUGGUUGUAGAUGAUGGACCAGUAAAUGCCCAGUGCUGCUGAUGCAGUCUAUAAUUUAUUCUUGU